UCCACCCCCAGGCAGCGUUAGCCUUCUCCAUCAUCCUGACCCAGGGAGGGAGAAGUGUCAGGAGGAAACUCCUCACCCUAAUCUGCCCCACCACACACCCACCGGCUCACCUCAUGCCUGAGCCCCGGGUGGGUGAGGGUGAAGAACCCACCCAGCCAAGAUGAAACCUUUCCUGGGGGCUGCCGCCGCUACUGUCUUGCCCCUGAUCCUGGGGCCCUGCAGGUGGGAGACUGGUCCUGGAAGGAGCCCUGGCAGCCGGCUGCAGAGGAGGUGAAGAGGGUUUAAGAAGAGGCACCCAUCCCAGAGGCGGAAACUGAUUGCCUUCGCCCGUGUAGACGCGUUUAGGAGAGGAGGACCUGUUGGUGGACAGUAGUUGAACCCGGCUCCUAGGCUGCCCUUCCCUGGCAACGGCAGCAUCAUGAGCCAGUUUCAGGUGCCCUUGGCGGUCCAGCCGGACCUGCCAGGCCUUUACGAUUUCCCGCAGGGCCAGGUGAUGGUAGGGGGCUUCCAGGGGCCCGGGCUUCCUAUGGCUGGGAGUGAGAGCCACCUGCGAGGGGGUGGAGAUGGGCGAAAGAAAAGAAAAAGGUGUGGGACCUGUGAGCCCUGCCGGCGGCUGGAGAACUGUGGGUCUUGUACCAGCUGCACUAAUCGUCGCACGCACCAGAUCUGCAAACUUCGCAAGUGUGAGGUGCUGAAGAAAAAAGUGGGCCUGCUUAAGGAGGUGGAAAUAAAGGCUGGUGAAGGAACGGGGCCUUGGGCACAAGGGGCGACUGUCAAGACAGGCUCGGAGCUCAGCCCAGUUGAUGGACCUGUUCCAGGUCAGAUGGACUCAGGGCCAGUGCACCAUGGAGAGCCAAGGCAGCUAAGCACCUCAGGGGCGCAGGUCAAUGGUGCUAGAGAGCCCGCCGGACCCAGUCUGCUGGGAGCUGCAGGUCCUUGGCGGGUAGACCAGAAGCCCGACUGGGAAGCUGCCUCAGGCUCUGCUCACACUGCUCGCUUGGAAGAUGCCCACGAUCUGGUGGCCUUUUCGGCGGUGGCCGAAGCUGUGUCCUCUUAUGGGGCCCUUAGCACCCGGCUCUAUGAAACCUUCAACCGUGAGAUGAGUCGUGAGGCUGGGAAAAACAGCAGGGGCGCCCGGCCUGAGAGCUGUUCUGAGGGCAGUGAAGACCUCGACACACUACAGACAGCCCUGGCCCUUGCAAGGCAUGGCAUGAAACCACCCAACUGCAAUUGCGAUGGCCCAGAGUGCCCCGACUACCUCGAGUGGCUGGAGGGGAAGAUCAAGUCUGUGGCCAUGGAGGGAGGGCAGGAGCGACCCAGGCUCCCAGGCACUCUGCCUCCUGGUGAGGCUGGCCUCCCAGCCCCAAGCACCAGACCACUCCUUAGCUCUGAGGUCCCCCAGGUACCUCCCCUGGAGGGCCUGCCUCUGUCUCAGAGCGCCUUGAGCAUCGCCAAGGAAAAAAACAUCAGCCUGCAGACAGCCAUCGCCAUCGAGGCCCUCACCCAGCUCUCCUCUGCCCUCCCUCAACCUCAUUCCACCUCCCAAGCUUCCUGUCCGCUCCCUGAGGCCUUGUCCCCUCCUGCCCCUUUCAGGUCUCCCCAGUCCUACCUCCGGGCCCCCUCGUGGCCCGUGGUUCCCCCAGAGGAACAUCCAUCCUUUGCUCCCGAUAGCCCAGCCUUCCCUCCAGCAACUCCAAGAACUGAGUUUCCCGAAGCAUGGGGUACUGACACCCCUCCGGCAACACCCCGGAACUCCUGGCCUGCACCCCGCCCAAGCCCUGACCCAAUGGCUGAACUGGAGCAGCUGUUGGGCAGUGCCAGUGAUUACAUCCAGUCAGUAUUCAAGCGGCCCGAGGCCCUGCCCACCAAGCCCAAGGUCAAGGUGGAGGCCCCCUCCUCCUCCCCUGCCCCAGCGCCAUCCCCUCUUUCCCAGCGGGAGGCUCCCUUGCCAUCCCCAGAGCCUGACGCCCACCAGAAGGCCCAGACGGCGCUGCAGCAGCACCUUCACCACAAGCGCAGCCUCUUCCUGGAACAGGCCCACGAUGCCUCCUUCCCUGCUCCCACGGAGCCUCAGGCCCCUGGCUGGUGGGCCCCGCCAGGCUCACCCGCCCCCCGGCCUCCUGACAAACCACCCAAGGAGAAGAAGAAGAAGCUCCCUACCCCAGCUGGAGGUCCUGUGGGAGCUGAGAAAACGGCUCCUGGGAUCAAGCCCAGUGUCCGAAAGCCCAUUCAGAUCAAGAAGUCCAGGUCCCGGGACAUGCAGCCUCUCUUCCUGCCUCUUCGGCAAAUUGUUCUGGAAGGGCUAAAAUUCCAAGUCUCAGAGGAAGUGCAGGCGCCUCCACCUGCCCAGCUCCCUGCCCCGGCUCCUGCCCCCCAGGGUGCUGCCUCCCAGAGCCCUGCUGCCCCUCUCCCCCCAGAACCCUCUCUUGCGCUAUUUGCACCUAGUCCCUCCGGGGACAGCCUGCUGCCCCCUACUCAGGAAAUGAGGUCCCCCAGCCCUAUGGCAGCCCUACAGCCAGGCUCCACCGGAGGCCCCCUCCCCCCUGCUGAUGACAAGCUGGAAGAGCUCAUCCGGCAAUUUGAAGCUGAAUUUGGGGAUAGCUUUGGGCUUCCCGGCCCUCCUUCGGUGCCCAUUCAAGACCCCGAGAACCAAUCAUGUUUCCCAGCUCUGGGGAGCCCUUUCGUCGCCCGCUCCCCCAAGAAGAUCAAGAUUGAGUCUUCAGGGGCUGUGACUGUGCUCUCGACCACCUGCUUCCAGUCAGAGGAGGGAGGCCAGGAGGCCACGCCCACCAAGGCUGAGAACCCACUCACCCCCACCCUCAGUGGCUUCUUGGAAUCACCUCUUAAGUACCUGGACACACCCACCAAGAGUCUUCUGGACACACCUGCCAAGAGGGCCCAGGCUGAAUUUCCCACCUGCGAUUGUGUCGAACAAAUAGUGGAGAAAGAUGAAGGCCCAUAUUACACUCACCUGGGAUCUGGCCCCACAGUAGCCUCUAUCCGGGAACUCAUGGAGGAGCGGUAUGGAGAAAAGGGGAAAGCUAUCCGGAUCGAGAAGGUCAUCUACACGGGGAAGGAAGGGAAGAGUUCUCGAGGCUGUCCCAUUGCCAAGUGGAUCAUCCGAAGACACACAGUGGAGGAGAAGCUCCUCUGCCUGGUGCGGCAUCGGGCGGGCCACCAUUGUGAGAACGCCGUGAUUAUCAUCUUGAUCCUGGCCUGGGAGGGUAUCCCUCGCAGCCUUGGAGACACCCUUUACCAGGAGCUCACUGAUACCCUCCGGAAGUAUGGAAACCCCACCAGCCGGAGAUGUGGCCUCAAUGAUGACCGGACCUGCGCCUGCCAAGGCAAAGACCCCAACACCUGCGGUGCCUCCUUCUCCUUCGGCUGUUCCUGGAGCAUGUACUUCAACGGCUGCAAGUACGCCCGCAGCAAGACACCACGCAAGUUCCGCCUCACGGGGGACAACCCCAAGGAGGAAGAAGUGCUCCGGAAUAGCUUCCAGGACCUGGCCACUGAAGUUGCUCCUCUGUACAAGCGGCUUGCCCCCCAGGCCUAUCAGAACCAGGUGACCAAUGAGGAAGUGGCGAUCGACUGCCGCCUGGGGCUGAAGGAAGGGCGGCCCUUCUCAGGGGUCACAGCCUGCAUGGACUUCUGUGCCCACGCCCACAAGGACCAACACAACCUCUACAAUGGGUGCACUGUGGUCUGCACCCUGACCAAGGAAGACAAUCGCUGCGUGGGCCAGAUCCCCGAGGACGAGCAGCUGCAUGUACUGCCCCUGUACAAGAUGGCCAGCACGGAUGAGUUUGGCAGUGAGGAGAAUCAGAAUGCCAAGGUGAGCAGCGGGGCCAUCCAGGUGCUCACGGCCUUCCCUCGAGAGGUCCGGCGUCUGCCCGAGCCCGCCAAGUCCUGCCGCCAACGGCAGCUAGAAGCCAGGAAGGCAGCGGCCGAGAAGAAGAAGCUGCAGAAGGAGAAGCUGAGCACACCGGAGAAGAUCAAGCAGGAGGCCUUGGAGUUGGCUGGCGUCACCACCGACCCGGGCCUGUCUCUGAAGGGUGCAUUGUCCCAGCAAAGCCUGAAGCCCUCCCUCAAGGUGGAGCCGCAGAACCACUUCAGCUCCUUCAAGUACAGCGGCAACGCGGUGGUGGAGAGCUACUCGGUGCUAGGCAGCUGCCGGCCCUCCGACCCCUACAGCAUGAGCAGCGUGUAUUCCUACCACUCUCGCUAUGCACAGCCCGGCCUGGCCUCCGUCAAUGGCUUCCACUCCAAGUACCCCCUUCCCUCCUUCGGCUACUAUGGCUUUCCGUCCAGCAACCCUGUCUUCCCCUCCCAGUUCCUGGGCCCCAGUGCCUGGGCGCACGGGGGCAGUGGAGGCAGUUUUGAGAAGAAGCCAGACCUCCAUGCUCUACACAGCGGCCUGAACCCGGCCUACGGCGGUGCUGAAUUUGCCGAGCUGCCGGGCCAGGCUGUGUCCACAGACGCCCACCACCCCACCCCUCACCACCAGCAGCCUGCUUACCCAGGCCCCAAGGAAUACCUGCUACCCAAGGUCCCCCAGCUCCACCCGGCAUCCAGGGACCCCUCUCCCUUUGCUCAGAGCUCCAGUUGCUACAACAGGUCCAUCAAGCAAGAGCCAGUGGACCCUCUGACCCAGGCCGAGUCCAUGCCCAGAGACUCUGGGAAGAUGGGCAGAACACCCUUGCCCGAGGCAUCUCAGAAUGGGGGACCCAGUCACCUAUGGGGACAGUACUCAGGAGGCCCAAGCAUGUCCCCCAAGAGGACUAACGGUGUGAGCGGCAACUGGGGAGUGUUCCCUUCCGGGGAAAGUCCCACCAUCGUUCCAGACAAGCUCAAUUCUUUCGGGGCCAGCCGUCUGACCCCUUCACACUUCCCAGAGAGCCAGUGGGGACUGUUCGCUGGUGAAGGUCAGCAGGCCGCCCCCCAUCCUGGAGGGCGGCUCCGGGGCAAGCCAUGGAGCCCCUGCAAGUUUGGAAACGGCACCUCGGCCUUGACUGGUUCCAGCCUGACUGAGAAGCCGUGGGGGGUCGGAUCAGGGGAUUUCAACUCUGCCCUGAAAGGUGGUCCUGGGUUCCAAGACAAGCUGUGGAAUCCUGUGAAAGUCGAGGAAGGAAGGAUUCCCACGCCGGGGCCCAGCCAGCUGGACCAGGCCUGGCAGGCCUUUGGCAUGCCCCUGGGCUCCAGUGAGAAGCUCUUCGGGGCCCUGAAGGCAGAGGAGAAGCUGUGGGAUCCCUUCAGCCUGGAGGAGGGGACGGCUGAGGAGCCCCCCAGCAAGGGGGUGAAGGAAGAGAAGAGCGGCCCCGGAGUGGAGGAGGAAGAGGAGGAGCUGUGGUCAGACAGUGAACACAACUUCCUGGACGAGAACAUUGGCGGCGUGGCCGUGGCCCCCGCCCACUGCUCCAUCCUCAUCGAGUGUGCCCGGCGAGAGCUGCAUGCCACCACGCCACUCAAGAAACCCAACCGCUGCCACCCCACCCGCAUCUCGCUGGUCUUCUACCAGCACAAGAACCUCAACCAGCCCAACCACGGGCUGGCACUCUGGGAGGCCAAGAUGAAGCAGCUGGCGGAGCGGGCGCGGCAGCGGCAGGAGGAGGCCGCCCGCCUGGGCCUGGGCCCGCAGGAGGCCAAGCUCUAUGGGAAGAAGCGCAAGUGGGGGGGUGCUAUGGUGUCUGAGCCCCAGCACAAAGAGAAGAAGGCUGUCCCCACCCGGCAGGCGCUGGCCAUGCCCACGGACUCUGCGGUCACCGUGUCCUCCUACGCCUACACAAAGGUCACUGGCCCCUACAGCCGCUGGAUCUAGGUGCCGGGAGCCAGCGUACCUCAGCGUCGGGCCCGGCCCGAGCUGCCUCUGGUGCUUUUGCCCUCAUGCCCGGGGGCGGGUUGGGGGUGCAGAAGUCUCUCUAUAUCUACAUAUAUGGAUAUGCCUAUCAUAUAUAUGUAUUUAUGGUCCAAACCUCAGAACUGACCCGCCCCUCUCUCUCCUACUUCCCCAGCACUUUGAAGAAGAAACUACGGCUGUCGGGUGAUUUUUUUUUUUCUUUCUUUCUUUCUUUUUUUUUUUUUUUGGUGAUCUUAAUAUUUAUAUCUCCACAUUGUUUGAUUUUUUUUUCUUCCCUUGUUUUGAGGGGCUCUUAUUUUCUCUUUGUUUUUAAAACUUUAUCCUUGUAUAUCACAAUAAUGGAAAGAAAGUUUAUAGUGUCCUUUCACAAAGGAGCGUAGUUUUAAAUUCCAUUUAAAAUGUGUAUUUAUUGGGUUUUUUUUUGUUUUUGUUUUUAAGCAACAAUAGCAAUGGUUACAGAUGGCAGGAAAGGCAGGUAGUGCUUCCUGCCGGGUGAGCCCAGCCUCCUGGGAGCGGCAGGUUCUCCCAGCCAUCUGCCCCCCACAAACCAAGGUUAGCAUGCAGCCCUGGUCUGUCCCUCCUUCCCACAGGCCGGGGAGCCUUUGGGACCACCCCGUUCCCCUCUGUGGAAUGGGAUAAGCUGUAGACCUCUGGGGGCCCGGCCUGGAGAUGCUGGUGUUAUAGAGAUCCCCGAAACCAGGUUUGGAAGUAGGCGGCUUCAAGCUUGCUAGUCUCCACACUGAAUCCUCUCUGUCCGUUAUUUAUCAAGUCAUAUGAUGUCCUGGUUCGCUAGGCAGCCCCUCACACCGGACAGGAACGAGAGGCUCCUCAGGAGCCCUUCCCAUCUCAUUGAUAAAGCCAGUGAGGACCGACCGGGCUGAAGGAAGCUUAGUGGCAUUUUUUUAAAAAAUCGCCCCAAAGUUUGUCGAUACUGAAAAAGGGCUACUGUAUCUUUGAAAACAAGAAGUCGAACCCAAGCUGUGAAGAGCCGGCGUGCGGUGCGGUGCAGUGCGGUGCUGUGUGGUGCUGGAGCCUGGUGCUGUAGUGUCGUGCUGGGACUUUCCCGACUCAGGGCAGGUGGCGUCCUGCCAGAGCUCAGCAAGCCCGUGUGAUGGCAGGUCACUCAUCGUCCUUAUUCCUGGACCUUCACAAGGGACAAUGGUGCAGUCCUCCGGCCCUCACAGGGCAUGGCCUACGCUUCAUUUUAAAGUGCAAGGGUCAGGCGUUUUCAACAGGUUGCUAAUGCUUUCCUCCCCUGCGGGGGCCAGUUCUCCAUUGGAUCUCUCUCUUUCCUCUCCUCCUCACCUCCCCUGUCACACACCUGUUCUGAAAUCCUGGUGCAUUCGUUUAGAUCUUUGAAAGGAGAGUGUUGGUGCUUUUUUCAUUUCUGUGACAUUGUUGAGAGAGGCCGGGCCUGACAGGUGGACGAGGCGCUGGUCUGCAGCGUGUCGGAGUUCACGGAGUGUGCGUUCGUUUUCUGAUGCUGUUAGCCAUGUUAUCAUCCAGCUGCUCGCGUGGACGUGUGUGCUGAGUGGGGGGCUUCAUCGGGACACACGCGGAGUAGCAGCCGGUCCCCGAGACAGCAGUGAUCAAGUAGUUCUAGCCAGGUGUGGUCUUCAUAAACUGAGCGUAGCAAUCCCGUGGCAGUGCUGAAGGCAGGUCCGAGUCCCCGAGCUUCGCGGUGCCUUGUGCCAGAGCUGAGAGCCGAGCGGCUGGGUGUUGACUGUAGCCCUUCGGAAGCACUGGCAGAGAGUGGCUAAAAGGUGUCCUGAGCAUUUUUGUGGUCUGGUUUUAACUGUAAAUAGUGAAAAGAUUUUUUUAAGCACUUUUGCCUAGAUUUAAACAGCAACUUGAAAAGAAUAAAAAGUACAUUUUAACAUGUAAUUGUGGGAGAAACUGUAAAUAGUAGCUGAAUAUUUAAUGUGCUUUGUCAAUCCACCUUCACCAUAUUCUGUAAAGUUGCAGUUAUUUUACAGGACAGAAAAAAAUGAAAUAUUAUUGCUUUUGAAAUAAAUACCCAAGAGCUUAUCAGGAUUUAGAAUUAUUCAGAAUUCAGAUUUAUAGGAAAGCCUCUGACCUUCUGUUUGACGAGCUAAGGAGUCAGAGGCUUUAAGGCGCAUGCUAAUUUUCUAGUUUUGAGGGAGAAUUGGGUCCUUUAAAUGCUAUUUUGCUUAAUCGCAUCAGUACUUUUAUGCAGGUCUCAUCGGACUCCGUGCUUAGGUAGACGCGGGGGUGCCUUGAAAAACUUCAUUUUAAAUGAUCUUAAAUAUGAUAUUUUACAAAGCAUUUGGAGAAUGUGACCGUGUACACGGCCCGUGGAAGCCCCAGGUUGGCUGUUAGCUUGCGAGGUCCCAGGUGUGGCCCAGGUGCGUCUGCUGUUGGCGGUGUGUGGAUCUCUCCGACGUGUAUUCAGUAUGCUCCAGCCCUCCUCACCCUUUGGUAGCAAAGCCAUCAGAUGAAUGGAGAAACCAGUUCAAGCUAAAAAGCAUGUGACGUCCAUCCCCCAAGCCUGCACAGCCUUGGUUCAUAAGCUCUAGAAGGCCGGGAAACGGGCUGCUGUGAGGUGAGGUGAGGCAAGAGGCGUUCUGUGUUGGCCUUUCAGGUCCCAGCGAGCGCUGUUCCAGGGCUCAGUGCUGUGGCUGUGCUUGAGCCCGUGCUGAUUUUCACACACUACAUGUAUAACCUACCUCAAAUCUGUCAUUGAAAUGAGCAUGCUUUAGACGUGUAUUUAAGACGUAACUAUGCACAGUUCUAUACCCCCCACCCCUUGCUGCUGAAGGCUUCUUAAAGAGAAAAAUCAAAAUUUUUAUUUUUUACUGGCACUAUCAUUUUUUAAGUCCUGAAGAUGAUUGACAAGACAUUUUUAUCAUGAGAAGAAGAAAAAAAAUAAAAAAUAAAGCCAUUGCAACUCAAGAACCUGACAGCAUGAGCGAGUUUUAGAGAAAGUACCAUUAUAGCAAGGGAGGUGACGGCCUUGGAGUCCGCUCCCAGUGUGCCCGUCCACGGCCACAGUCCACGUGCAGUGCAAGCGUUCGGUGCCCCGUCCGCCCCCACCCUGCUUUGUCUUGUUCCGUUCUCCCUGCCCGGUGUGUGCGAGAGGACUCGGGAAGCUCUACCCCGAGAGGUUUUCUUUCAGAAUAAAAGUCAUUCUGCAGCAGGUUCUCAUGAAAUAACUGGUGCUAGCUGAAGAGACCACCUGUCGGUAGCUCCACUGAGGGUGUCGCCCAGGUCAGAGGGCUCGGUUUGGGGUCUGGUCCCCCAGCCCUCCUGGGCGCUGCUUUGCCGAUUCGCUGAGGUGGCCCUGGUGCCCGGGGAAGGGAUUCUGCCUCCUCUGGUCCUCCCACCUGCUCUUGGGGAAACAGUUUGCAGAGCGAGGGAUUCGAGUGUGCUAAGGGGGGACAGAGGUAGCUGGGCUCUGCUGCUUCGUAGUUGAUGGUGGUGGACGUGUGAGGGUGGUUGACAGUAGCUGAAAACCUAGUGUCACAGAGCGAGGGGACUUUCCUGACGGCCUCUUGACGUCCAAGCAAGGCCAAGCUGGUGGAAAACUGAUCAAUCCCUGACGUGCCUCAACCAGCCUCCUUCCUUUUGUUACUGAAGUGUGUUUUCUGGACUUGGAAGCAUUUUUAUGAAUUGAAAUAGUCUAAUAAAUGGUGCUAUGGUGUUUCAAUGUGACUGUCCCCGAUCUUGUCUCCCUGAGGUGCUAUCAACGUUCGAAACCACAACCAACCAAAAACAAGGUGGGCUCCGUCUCUCGGCUUUUCUUUCCUUCUCUUUUGGUGCUGUCUUGGUAGACCUGUUGACCGUGCUGUGUCUGCUCGGAGCAGUGUUCUGGCUUGGUUUUUGUUUUUUUUUUUUUAUUUUAUUUUUGUUUUGUUCCCCUUGGUGGCCAAAGCGAGGCGCGCGGAGAAGGCAGCUUGUUCCUUUGCUCCUUACAAGGACGGCAGUGGCCUGCCUGGCUGGGUAGGCACUGUGGGUUUGUGCUAUCUUCUCAGGCCAUAUUAGAAACGGGGAGGUGGCUUUUAGGAAGGAGAGUCAGGGCCCCUGCCUCUUCUAGUGUGGCAGGUAUUCUCCUGUGGCCCAGGGUGCUAACCCCAGAGGGGGCAGGCUGAGGUCCAGGGGGAGUGUCUUCACCUGGCCCCGGCAGGGACGGGACGGGACGGGCAAGCCUUGGUUCUUGCCGCUCACUGGUAGCUCCUGGUGCUGAGACUAAAGGCAGGUGCUUCCUUGUCCCUCCAAACCACCAAGGCCGCUUUUAGUUGGUGCUAAACUUCUCCUUGUGUCCACAUAAGCUGAUGUAACUUUCAAGAACAACUUGACAGGAAGCUCCAUUUUACAUCAUUCACUGUCACAAUUUUUUUUUAAAUACCUCAAAAACAGGACAUUGUGACAACUUAGAGUCCACGAGGGUAUGAUACCUGAAGGUUGUCUGUUGGAUGGCUUCCUUGACCUUGACACAGCUGGGGUCAUUCUCUCUGCUCAUUCUUCGGCAGUUAAAUGGCAGAGUGCCCAAAGGAAGGAGUGUGGUUGGAUCUUUCUCAUUCUCGAAGUUUUGCUUUUGAAUAAAAUGUGAAUCUCCUUCGCCCAUCUCAUCGAGCUUUCUGUCACGGUGGCUGUCAUUUGAAAACUCCCACACCUGGUCUUAUCUGCUGUCCCCACCAGGCAAACUUCACCACAUACCCUGGACCAAAAUAACACAUCGGAGGUGCGUACCCCAACCCGGGCUCGCAGCCCCUCUUCCGCCAGUCUUUGCAUG